AUGCCAUCCUAUGCUAAGUUCCUUAAAGAGAUUCUUUCAAAGAAGAGCAAGUUGGAAGAUUAUGAGACUAUUGCUCUUGCAGAGGAAUGCAAUGCUAUAUUGCAAAAUAAACUGCCACCAAAGCUUAAGGAUCAAGGAAGCUUCUCCAUACCUUGUCUUAUUGACAACAUGAAAAUAGAUAAGGCAUUCUGUGAUCUAGGAACAAGUGUGAGUCUGAUACCUCUAUCAAUAUGUUGGAAGCUGGAUGUAGGGGAGCUCAAACCCACAACAAUUUCACUACAAUUGGCUAAUCAGUCUGUCAAGUACCCAGUAGGCAUCCUAGAAAACAUCCCCAUCAAGGUGGGAAAAUUCUUCAUCCCUGUUGAUUUUGUUAUCCUGGAAAUGGAAGAGGAUGUCCAAAUUCCUACCAUAUUGGGAAGGCCUUUCUUGGCAACCUCCAGAGCUAUCAUCGAUGUUAAAAAUGGGCGUUUAACUCUCAAGGUAGGAGAGGAAGAAGUGGAAUUCAACCUGCUCAAAGCAAUAAAGCAUAAACUUAAACCUAAUGAAUGCCUAAGAGUUGACAUAAUCGACAAGCUAGUUGAAGAGGAAUUUCAUAAAACAUAUUCUGAAGAUCCUCCUGAAGCAUGCAUAGUGCACAGCCACACAGUAGAUAAUGAAAACACAAAAAUUACAGUUUGUGCAAAAUCUUUAGAAGCUAGUCCAUCCCUACUCUUAGCUCAAGUUCUCCAGGUGGAAGAGCUAAAGGAGGACUAA